CUCUCCCCUCUCCUCCAUUCUCUCUGGUCCCAGAGCCCCCCCUCACCCAAUCCAUGGCUGAGUCCAACCCCAAUUUCCCCUCCUAAGGGCACCCCUAAGAGCCCCUUCCCCCCUCUCCGGCGUACAGGAAAUCUUUGACUCCCAUCUUUUCCUGUACGCCAUGAAAUCCAUACACAUUUCCUUGCUUUCUCUCCUCUCUUUCUCCCUCCUCCUCCCUGUUCUUUCCGGCCCGCUUUCGGACACCUACACCCCCACCGACUCCAUCCUCCUCGAUUGCGGCUCCUCCGCCGACGGCACCGACGCCGACCACCGGAAAUGGGCCGCCGACGACAGCUCCAAAUUCCGUCCCUCCGGCAAUUCAACCACCGCGCCGGCCGCAUUCCAGGACCCCUCCCUCCUGUCCCCCGUCCCCUACAUGACCGCAAGGAUCUUCACAUCCGAAUCCACGUAUAAGUUCGCCGUAUCCGACAAGGAUCACCAUUGGAUUCGCCUCCAUUUUUAUCCAUCCACCUACAACAGCCUCAACCCAGAGGAUGCCUACUUCUCCGUCACCGCCUCCGGUGGCAUCACUCUCCUCCAUAACUUCAGCGCCCAUGUCACCGCUCAGGCAUUGACGCAAGCCUACAUUGUCAAAGAAUUCUCGAUCCCACCUUCCUCCGAUGGAGCUCUCAGCCUCACCUUCGCUCCCUCCACCGAGCACCCGAAUUCAUAUGCCUUCGUCAAUGGAAUCGAGAUCAUUUCGAUGCCCGACAUUUAUGUCGAGCCGGCAACAUUGGUCGGCUUCUCCGAUUCGACCGUGGAUGUCGGCGAAUCGGCGCUCGAAGUGAUGUACAGAUUGAAUGUCGGCGGGCAGUACAUUCCCGCGAGCAAUGAUUCCGGGCUUAGCCGGACUUGGUACGACGACUCGCCAUAUAUAUACGGUGCAGGUUUCGGCAUCUCCUUCGCCGCUGAAAAGAAAGUUCAGAUCAAGUACCCGUCGGAUGAUUCGAAGUACAUUGCUCCGAUCGAUGUCUACCGGACGGCGAGGUCGAUGGGCCCCGAUAACGCCGUUAACAAGAACUAUAAUCUAACUUGGGUCUUCCAAGUUGAUGGGAACUUCACUUAUGUCGUCAGGCUGCAUUUCUGCGAGAUUCAAUUGGACAAGGUCAAUCAGAGGGUGUUCGAUAUAUUUGUCAACAAUCAGACGGCGACCGCUGCCGCCGAUGUGCUCGCAUGGACAUCGGAGAAGGGUGUGCCGACUUACAAGGACUACGCCGUGGCUGUUGCCGGUGGAGCUGGUGACAAGCAGCUGUGGGUGGCAUUGCAUCCCUCGGUGGAGUCCCAGCCCGAGUACUACGACUCCAUCUUGAAUGGCUUGGAGAUUUUUAAAUUGAGCAACGCGGGAAACCUGGCGGGACCGAACCCUGAGCCGUCUCCACUGUCCAUGGCCCAACGGGAGCAAGAUCGUGAGUUCCAGAAGGACUCAUUGAGCAAGAGCUCCAUGAUCGGUGGGGCAGCCGGUGGUGCCGCAGCGAUCGGGCUGCUCGCCGCCUUCUGCUUCGUGGUGUAUCGGCACAAGAAGAGGAUCGAUGGGGGUGGCUCUGCCGGUGGCUCGGGUUGGUUGCCACUCUAUGGAAAUUCUCAUACUUCGACCAUCUCCGGAAAGAGUUGUGCUUCGAGCCAUUUGUCGACCAUGGCGGCAGGCCUAUGCCGGCAUUUCUCAUUUGCCGAGAUCAAGCAAGGUACCAAGAACUUCGAUGAGUCGCUGGUCAUCGGCGUUGGAGGCUUCGGUAAGGUCUACAAGGGAGUCAUUGAUGGGGGGAUGAAGGUGGCAAUCAAAAGAUCGAACCCCUCUUCGGAGCAAGGUGUUAAUGAGUUCCAGACCGAGAUCGAGAUGCUCUCGAAGCUCAGACACAAGCAUUUGGUCUCACUUAUUGGUUACUGCGAGGAUGAUGGCGAGAUGAUCUUGGUUUAUGACUACAUGGCUCAUGGAACACUGAGGGAGCACCUGUAUAAGAGCAACAAGCCUCCUCUUUCAUGGAAGCAGAGGCUGGAGAUUUGUAUUGGAUCUGCAAGGGGGCUGCACUACUUGCACACAGGAGCCAAGUAUCCAAUUAUCCACAGGGAUGUGAAGACCACCAACAUUCUUUUAGAUGAGAAGUGGGUUGCCAAGGUUUCAGAUUUCGGGCUGUCGAAGACCGGACCGAUGAUGAAUCAGACUCAUGUCAGCACCGUGGUGAAAGGCAGUUUUGGAUACUUGGAUCCUGAGUACUUCCGGAGGCAGCAGCUGACUGAUAAGUCUGAUGUCUACUCCUUUGGGGUGGUUCUCUUUGAGGUCUUAUGUGCAAGACCAGCCCUGAAUCCAAGCCUUCCAAGGGACCAGGUCAGUCUCGCCGAUUGGGCUUUGCACUGCAAGAAGAAGGGAUUUCUCGAGGAUAUUAUCGAUCCAGUUCUUAAAGGAAAGAUCGAUCCAGAAUGCUUGAAGAAGUUUGCAGAUACAGCAGAGAAGUGCCUCUCUGAUCAAGGUGUUGAUAGGCCUACUAUGGGGGAUGUCUUGUGGAAUCUAGAAUUUGCUCUUCAGUUGCAAGAACAUAAUGAAGAAGGGAAGCCAAUGUCAACUGGAAUCGUUGUUGACUCUAAUUCAGUUACCAGUGGCGGUAGUUUCGAUGGCCGCAACCCUAAUGAAAGCAUCGGUGGAAGGAGCGGAGCGAGCGAUGAUUCUGAUGGCCUAACUGACAGUGUAGUAUUCUCUCAGCUCAUCAAUCCAACGGGGCGGUAAUAUGUUUCCAUUAUGUUCUCCCAGCUCAUGAAUCCAAGGGGAUGAUAAGAAUAUGUCUGUAUAUUGCUUGGCUAAAUCAAGAUCUAUCUUUGGUUGUUGGCCAGGCGGUCGACUAGUUUUAUGUUGAUGAUGUCAAUGGGAUUGGCAAAAAUAAAGCCACAUUUACUGGGCGCAUUAGAGACUCUUCGGUGGUUUGGAUUUUCUUUUUGAUACUUGUCCAUUUUUUUCCUGCACUGUCAGGCUCUUGAAGCUGAUAGUAGCAUGUAUUUAAUAGUAUAAACGAAUUCACACAUUCCGAUCUCAAGUCCGAUUGGCAUCUGUUAUUCAUGUAUACUCGGAAAAAUUAUACUAUGUCUAAUAUUUUUCAUCCUGUUUAAUUU